GAUCCCUUCGUUUCCUCCCCUCGGACUUCGUCUAUACGGCAACUGUCUCCACAGCCCAACGCCGAUCUAUCUCCCUCCCUUCCCCCCUCUCUUUCUCCGUCGCCUUGGUCGCUCAAAUUCCGAUCUCGAUUCGGGUUCACGAUCCCGUGGACGGAAUUGCUAUCAAUUGAUCCAAAUCGGCGUCAAUCAUUUCAUUCGACCUCCGAGAUCCCCUUCGCUUUGCCCUAUCGGCUGAUCGAGAUUUCAGUUUGUUGGAUUCUGCUGAGCGAUUCAGAUCGGAACUGCUGCUUCUUUGGGGGUGCGAUUUUGCUUGCGUCCGAAUAAAGUUUCGAUAUUUCCGGUGUUUUGUCUGAGUGUUAGGACGAUUUCGUGGUUGGCCUUGGGUGAUUUAGGGUCUCGAUGGUGGACUGUCGAAGCUUGAUCGAGUUCUGCAGGGCUUUUGAGCAGCACCGGAACAUGGCCAACUCCCAGGCCUCGUCGGAGCGAGGGGGCGGCCAGUCGAGGAGGAGGAGCAAGUCUUUGAAUCCCCUGUCCCAUCCCUUCUGCGAACACUCCGCCUUCUCUGCCAUCGACUUAGUGCUGCUGGUUCUGGUCCUUGUAGCGCUCGCUGUCCUCGCCCUCCCCUACUUCAAGUUCAUCUUCCAGGAAUCGUACGAGCUGCUUCCCGUGGCGAUAGACGUUAUGGGCGAUGUUGUGUAUCAAGCGCCCAUUGCUUAUGCUGCCGGACUGAUCUUCAUGCUUGUCACGGUGAUUGUUGCCUGGGAAUUCUUCAGUUACCAUGCGAGGAAGUGCGGUAAUCCCUACUGCAAAGGUCUGCGAAAGGCAGUAGAAUUUGAUAUCCAGCUUGAGUCAGAGGGGUGCGUCAAAUGCUUGCCACGAUUGCCAAAUGAUGCUUUUGGGAUUCGCCCCUUGGACUUGGGACAAGACCACAAGGAACUUGAAGCUGAGCUGAAGAAGAUGGCACCACUGAAUGGACGCACUGUUCUCAUCUUCCGAUCCCCAUGCGGCUGCCCUUUGGGAAGAAUGGAGGUCUGGGGAGCCAAGAGAGCACGAAGGAUCAAAAAGUAGGCAGCAGUACUUGAUAAGUCCUCUAGUACUAGAUACUUUUUUUGCCUUUUCCCCCUCUCAACAACAAUAAACAAGAAGACAACAACUAUAGCAUAUCAGGUUCAUACAUAAUCAUGGUUCACUCUUGUAGAUUAAGGCUAGGGUAUGCUAUGUUACUUUGCACUUCAUGGAACCAAUCAAAUCGUAUCCUUGUUGCUAUUCUGAAAUUACUAAAACAUUAAAAUUACUGAAUAAUAUCUUACAGUUAGUAA